AUGGAUCAGAGGUUAGAAAGGCUAGAACAAAUGCAAAAGGAAAUGCAAGAUAAGAUGCAGGAACAAUUGGAUAAAAUUCAGCGAGACGCAUUGGAAUCCCAAAGGAUUAUGAGCCAGCUGGCACAAUUGUUGGCCGAUAAAGGAAAGAGCCCUAUGAUUAAUUCAGGAAGUGAUCAGGAGGAUCCUGUUUAUCCUCCAGUACCAGUGCAUUUUCAAGUGGGUUCGGGUUCUAACCCCGGGGACAACCCUACCAACCCUGUGGUCCCCGAUCUCGAUGACAUAGCAGAGAUGGAGAAAUCAAAAACGGACCUGCCAAAACAACUAGAAGAGCGGUGUAGAUGGCUAGAGGAAAAAUUCAGAGCCAUGGAGAACAUCGACUACCAAUGUAGAGUUGACGCCAAUUAUUUAUGUUUGGUUCCUGAUCUGGUACUCCCUCCGAAAUUCAAGAUGCCGGAAUUUGAAAAAUACAACGGGACUAGUUGUCCUGGAGCUCAUAUAACUAUGUUCUGUCGAAGAAUGACAGGAUAUGUCAACAAUGAUCAACUGUUAAUCCAUUGCUUCCAGGACAGUUUGAUCGGGUCCGCAACCAGGUGGUACAACCAGCUGAGUCGUGCUAAAGUCAGUUCAUGGAGAGUUGGCGAAGCUUUCAUGAAGCAAUAUGGCCAUGUGACAGACAUAACACCUGAUCGAAUUACGUUACAGAACAUGGAAAAGAAACAAAACAAGAGUUUUAGGCAAUAUGCCCAACGAUGGAGGGAAGUGGCAACGCAAGUCCAGCCACCCCUUUUGGAAAAAGAGGUCACUAUGCUUUUUAUUAACACGUUGAAGGCCCCAUUCAUCAGCCACAUGUUGGGGAGUGCUACCAAGAGCUUCUCGGAUAUGGUAAUGUCCGGUGAAAUGAUUGAAAACGCAAUAAGGAGCGGUAAAAUAGACGCAGGGGAAAACUUCAAAAGAUCAGCCCCAAGGAAAAAGGAUGGCGAAGUGAAUAAUAAGCUAUUCGAUGCGCACAUAGUGUCUCCACAUUAUCUAGAGCCCAUGCAACCUCCAUACCCCAAAUGGUAUGACAUGAAUGCCCAGUGUGAAUACUAUGCGGGGAUACUGGGGCACUCGAUUGAGAACUGCACUGCGUUUAAGAAGGCGGUGGAAAGAUUCAUUAAGAUGGGGAUCGUAAAGCUUGAUGACCCAUCAGGACCAAACGUAGCAGGGAAUCCGUUGCCCAAUCUUUCUGAUAGAGGGGUGAAUGCAAUAAUUGAGAAUGGGGGAAAGAGAAUCAAAGAUGACAUUGCGAAGCUAGAAUUUUAUGAAGAGAUCAAAGGACUAGAAGAAGGAGAAGUCUAUGCCUCGGAGGAAGGACCCGCGGGAAAAGCUCAAAACCGCCCGGUGGUGAUUAUUUCAAGGCCAAGAAACACAGGAUCAGGAAUACAACUGGCGCCAAAGGUCGUAAUCCAAAAGCCUGUAGCCUUUCCUUACCAGGAUAGCAAAAAGGUUCCUUGGAAUUAUAAUUGCAAUGUGAUGAUCCCGGGGAAGGAAAACCCGAUAAAUGCUUCAGAAGAGGGUAAUGAUGUAGGUUUCUAUACGCGCAGUGGAAAACGCUACGACCCGACAAAUACAAAAGGGGAUCCUACAAAAGGAAAAGCUGUGGCAGUUGAGCAAGACAAAACAAAGACAGCCAGAAUUGGAUCACAAGUUAACGAACCCGUGACUAAAAAUAAGGCUAGAAAAUUUUUAAAAUUCUUGAAGCACAGUGAGUACAGCGUGGUGGAGCAACUGCAUAAGCAACCGGCACGUAUCUCAGUGCUCGAGCUACUUCUAAGUUCGGAGACACAUCAUAAUGCGUUGAUAAAAGUGCUAAAUGAGACUUAUGUUGCUAACGAUAUCUCUGUGAGCAAGAUGGAUCGCCUGGUUAAUAAUAUAAACGCCGACAACUUCAUCUUCUUCAACGAUGAUGAGAUCCUGCCAGGUGGUAUGGGAUCUACCAAGGCCUUGCACAUUACUGCCCGUUGCAAGGGGUGUACACUACCCGGGGUACUCAUUGACAAUGGAUCAGCAUUGAAUGUCUUACCCUUGUCCACUUUAAACAGGCUGCCUGUGGAUAGCUCUCACAUGAAGUCAUGCCAAAAUAUAGUGAGUGCAUUUGAUGGCACUGAGAGAAAAGUGAUGGGAAGAAUCGAGAUACCUCUAUUGAUUGGUCCGAGUACAUACGAGGUGGAUUUUUUGGUAAUGGAUAUUAAACCAUCUUACAAUUGCCUAUUGGGGAGACCUUGGAUCCAUUCUGCAGGGGCUGUACCAUCGUCACUCCACCAAAAGUUGAAAUUGGUAACAGAGGGCCGAUUAGUAACUAUAGGUGCAGAAGAAGACAUCAUCGCAUCAGUUAGUAGUGACGCGCCAUAUAUAGAGGUCGAUAGCGAAGCGAUAGAAUGUUCAUUCCGGUCAUUGGAAUUUGUAAAUGCAACAUUUGUCAUCGAGGGGAGUAAAAUUCCAGGGCCUAAGAUAUCCAAAGCUACGUCAAUGAGUUUACAGCUAACGAUGGGAAAGGGAGCGUUGCCUGGAAGAGGACUUGGAAAAUACCUCCAAGGACGGGUCGAAGUACCGAGCUUGGUUAACAAACAGGACUGUUAUGGUUUGGGAUAUAAGCCUAAUACGAGGGAAAGGAGGAAGGAGAUGGAGAAAAAUCAAGAAAAGAGAAGAGCACGUUUGAGCAGGAUAGAAGCCAAGUGGGGACCGAUAACCUUUCCCCAUAUAUCUAGGACUUUUGUUUCAAGGGGAUUUGUCUACCUUGAAGAGAAGGAUGAGGUUACAGAAGGAAGGUUUGGAAGGUUGGACAUCAAUGCCAUAUCCGCGGAAGAAAGGGUGGAAAGGAAUUUAUCGGGUAUUCGCCCUUACAAACCUGGUAGCGUCAAUAAUCGGAUCAGAAGAGAUCCCUAUUCUUUUAUUUGGGCCUCCUUUUGUCCCAAUAGCAGGUCUUCAGAUAUCAACGAGAUGAGCGACACUGUUACUGACUCAGAGUCCCUAUUUGAACAAGACGUGAGUAUGGAUGAUCCUCAGGGUUUUGAAGAUGACCGAGACAACUUUUUAUCUCCAGAUUUGUUAAGAAUGGUGGAGGAAGAAGAAAAACAAAUCCUACCCUAUAAGGAAUCAGUAGAAGUCGUGAGCUUAGAAGAGGGAAGGAAUGUAAAGAUUGGCACUGGCAUUACCAAGAGAACAAGGCGAGACCUCAUUGGGUUGCUUCAAGAGUUUAAAGAUGUAUUCGCAUGGUCCUAUCAAGAUAUGCCCGGGUUGAGUACUGAUAUCGUGGUACACCGACUGCCUAUAAAGGAAGAGUGUAAGCCAGUUCAACAAAAGCUUCGAAGGAUGAGGCCUGAUGUCUUGCUAAAAAUAAAGGAAGAAGUUAAGAAGCAGUUUGAUGCUGGUUUCUUACAAGUGGUCAAGUAUUCAGAAUGGGUAGCCAAUAUAGUCCCUGUUCCUAAGAAAGAUAGGAAAGUGCGAAUGUGUGUAGACUACAAAGACUUGAACAAAGCCAGCCCAAAAGAUAAUUUCCCACUGCCUCAUAUCGAUACCUUGGUGGACAACACGGCUGGAUACUCACUUUUCUCCUUCAUGGACGGCUUCUCAGGAUACAACCAGAUAAAAAUGCAUCCUGAAGACAUGGAAAAGACUACAUUCAUAACUAUGUGGGGAACGUUUUGUUACAAGGUAAUGCCAUUCGGAUUAAAAAAUGCCGCGGCAACCUAUCAAAGAGCCAUGGUAACCCUAUUCCAUGACAUGAUGCACAAGGAGAUCGAAGUCUAUGUUGACGACAUGAUUGCGAAGUCUAGAACUGAAAAGGAGCAUGUACAAGUGUUGAGAAAAUUGUUCCUAAGGUUAAGAAAAUUCCAGCUAAAACUUAACCCAGCCAAAUGUACUUUCGGGGCUAGAUCAGGAAAGCUGCUGGGAUUCUUAGUCAGCGAGAGGGGAAUUGAAAUUGACCCAGACAAAGUUAAAGCCAUACAAGAAUUACCUCCGCCGAGUACUCAAAAAGAAGUUCGAGGUUUUCUGGGAAGACUAAAUUACAUCGCUCGAUUCAUUUCACAGUUAAGAGAAAGUGACCCCAUCUUCCGUCUUCUUACGAAACACAAUCCAGGUGUAUGGGACGAGGAGUGCCAGAAAACUUUUGAAAAAGUUAAACAUUACUUGUCUAACGCCCCAGUAUUAAUGCCACCAUGCCCGGACAAGCCACUGAUACUAUACUUGACAGUAUUUGAAAAUUCCAUGGAGUGUGUGCUCGGCCAACAUGAUGAGUCAGGACGAAAAGAAAGAGCAAUCUACUAUCUCAGCAAGAAGUUCACUGAAUGUGAAACGAGAUACUCGACAAUUGAAAAAUUAUGCUGCGCCUUGGUCUGGACUACGCGGAGAUUGAGACAAUACAUGUUAUACCAUACGACUUGGUUAAUCUCAAAGUUGGACCCUCUGAAAUACAUGAUGGAAUCGACUGCUCUAAACGGAAGGAUGGCCCGGUGGCAAAUUUUACUGUCUGAAUUUGACAUAGUUUAUGUGAGUCAAAAGGCUAUAAAAGGGGGCGCAAUAGCAGAUUUUUUGGCUAGCAGAGCUUUAGAAGAUUAUGAGCCUUUGAGCUUUGAUUUUCCAAAUGAGGAUCUAAUGUAUGUAGCAACCGCUAAAGAUGAUAGCCAAAGAGGCGAUGUUUGGAAAUUAAACUUCGACGGAGCUUCAAACGCCGUAGGCAAUGGAAUUGGGGCAGUCUUGGUAUCUCCGAAUGGAGAUUAUCAUCCAUUCACCAGCAAAUUAGACUUUGAUUGCACAAAUAACAUGGCAGAGUACGAAGUGUGCAUUAUGGGCAUCCGUGCAGCUAUUGAACGUAAAAUCAAAGUACUAGAGGUGUAUGGAGAUUCCGCACUAGUAAUCUAUCAGCUCAAAGGCGAAUGGGAGACAAGGGAUCCCAAAUUGAUCAGUUACAGAAAGCUGGUUCUCGAAUUGAUUGAGAAAUUUGAUGGUAUCACUUUCUGUUAUCUCCCGCGAGAUGAGAAUCAAAUGGCCGAUGCUUUGGCUACAUUGGCUUCCAUGAUGAAAGUAAAUAAACAAGAGGAUGUAAAGCCUAUCCAAAUGAGCAUUUAUGAUGCUCCAGCCCACUGUUGUAACGUUGACGAGGAAGAGGAAAAAGACGACAACCAUUGGUAUCAGGACAUAUUGCGAUAUGUGAAAAAUCACGAAUACCCGAGCCAAGCAACUGAGAAUGACAAGAGAACGUUGAGAAGGCUGGCUAAUGACUACGUCUUAGAUGGAGAGAUCCUGUACCAAAGAAGAAAGGAUCAGGUGCUGUUAAGAUGUGUAGACGCUGUGGAGGCCAAGCAGAUCUUGGAGGAAGUCCAUGAUGGUAUCUGUGGAACACACGCUAACGGUUUCACAAUGGCCAGACAAAUCAUGAGAUUCGGAUAUUAUUGGUCUACCAUGGAAGGAGACUGCAUCAAAUAUGCUAAGAAGUGCCAUAAAUGCCAGAUUUACGGAGACAAAAUUCAUGUGCCUCCCUCACCUCUUCACGUUAUGACUUCCCCAUGGCCUUUCUCCAUGUGGGGCAUGGACGUCAUUGGGCCGAUAUCGCCAAAGGCUUCAAACGGACAUCGUUUCAUUUUUGUAGUGAUUGACUACUUUACUAAGUGGGUAGAGGCUACUUCUUACGCCAACGUCACAAAGGCGGCCGUUAGCAAGUUUUUAAAAAAGGAAAUCAUAUGUCGGUAUGGAAUGCCCGAAAGGAUCAUAUCUGAUAAUGCAUUAAACUCGAACAAUAGCACGAUAACAGAGGUUUGCAGUCAAUUCAAGAUCAAGCACCACAACUCAUCGCCAUAUCGUCCGAAGAUGAACGGCGCGGUGGAGGCAGCCAAUAAAAAUAUCAAAAAGAUUGUGGGGAAAAUGACUGAGACCUAUAGAGAUUGGCACGAGAAGUUACCAUUCGCCCUCUAUGCUUAUCGAACGUCCGUCAGGACUUCUACCAGGGCAACACCUUUCUCUUUGGUUUAUGGAAUGGAGGCAGUGCUACCAAUUGAGGUCGAAAUUCCCUCUCUCCGAGUUUUAUCAGAACUAGAGUUAGACGAAGCAGAAUGGGUCCAAUCCCGAUACGAUCAGCUGAACUUGAUUGAAGAAAAUAGGUUAAGAGCUAUCCGUCAUGGUCAAAUGUACCAGAAACGAAUGAUACGAGCUUACAAUAAGAAAGUUCAUCCUAGGAACUUUCAUGAAGGGGAUUUGGUACUGAAGAAGAUCAUUCCCAUACAAAAGGACUUCAGAGGAAAGUGGAUGCCAAACUGGGAAGGACCUUAUGUGGUAAAAAAGGCUUUCUCUGGAGGAGCGUUAAUUUUAACAGAGAUGGAUGGCAAAAGCUUGGCCAAUCCUGUGAAUUCGGAUUCAGUGAAGAGGUACUUUGCCUAA